AUGGGUUCCGACGACUGGUUUUAUUUUUCGAUCGGGUUCGGGGAUGAAGCGGCCAUGAUAGUUAGCAAUGUUUACGGUGAUAUCAAGAGGUCAGGGCGAACAUAUCCAGGUGGUAGACGAGCAAAGAUGGCGGACAGGAAUAUGCAGCAGCGGAAGGACGAGAUCCUCGCGAAGAAAGCCAAGCUUGCAGAGCUGAAGCGGCAGAGAGAACUACGACAGCGGGAGUUCUCGCAAAACCGGAUGAGUGUUGGGGAGAACUCAGAGGUGCUAUCUCCUAUUCCACAUCGUUCAGACAACAGAGCCGAACUAGACACCCUCAUAUCCAGAUUAGUCGACCGACCUUCAUCAGCAGCUCUAAGGGAGGGCGGCGAGUCGUCUCCAAGAGGCCGGGGGAGUAGACCCAAUUCAGUUCUUAGUGCUGGACAGCUUAGUGGGGAUAUCGAAGCAUUCACUCCUCCCGCGCGGCCCAUAUCCCUUUCUAUAGCUACCCAAACCAUCGACGAAGCAUCUUAUAGCGCUGUAGCAGAGCCAGCUCCCGUCGCUCCUCCAAAGCUAGAGAUUCUUACAUACAGCAAAGGCGUCCAGACCGAUUCAAUCCCAGAACCAGAAACGCCUGUGGACGAUAUAUCAGAGUUGGAAGAUGCCGGUUCACCUACAACACCUUCUCGGUCGUAUAAGCGGCUAAGCCGAAGGGCUAGGGAAAAGGACGAGGAGAUACGCGAUAAUCUACGAAAGGAAAUUGAAGAAGAGUUAAAAUCUGCAAAGGAUUGGGCCAAUGGUGGAACAACGUCUACGUCUACUCAGCUACGGUACCCCCUACGAACGCUAACGGCUGAUGAACUAAACGCCGUGACCUCUGCCAAUGAAUUUUUAGAUUUCGUCGAAAGAUCUAGCAAGGUUAUUGAAAGAGCUUUGGACGAAGAAUACGAUGUUCUUGCUGAUUAUGCGUUGGGUGGAGUUGGGGCAGAGGAUGAGGACGACGAAGAGUAUGGGACCGGCAGGAAGAAGAGCUACCUGAAGGAAGUUACACAGUUCUUUGACGAACGAUGGAGCAAGAAGCGAAUGAUCAGUGAUAUAAGUUUCUCUCCAAAGUUCCCCGAGCUUGUCCUUGCAUCUUAUACCAAAAACCCGACAGCCCCCCAUGAACCUGACGGCCUCGUACAAGUUUGGAAUCAACACCUUCACACACGGCCCGAAUACGUAUUUCACUCUACCUCCGAUAUUCUAACAGCCAAGUUUUCACCCUUUCAUCCCAACCUCAUAGUAGGCGGUUCAUACUCUGGGCAAGUUCUGCUAUGGGAUACACGAUCAUCCCGCGCUGGAGGCGGUGCACCUGUCCAGAAGACACCGUUAUCAGGAUCAGGACACACCCAUCCGGUGUACAGCAUCGCCAUUGUCGGAACGCAAAAUGCUCAUAAUAUUCUGACAGCUUCGACCGAUGGGGUUGUCUGUGGAUGGACAGUCGACAUGCUCUCGCAGCCACAAGAAUAUCUCGAACUGACAACCCCGCCUCCAUCGAAGACCGAAGAUCUUGCGCCCACGACAUUAUCAUUCCCUCAAUCAGAUCCUACCUUCUUCCUUGUCGGAACCGAAGAGGGAACCAUCUAUCCAUGCCACCGAUAUGAUCGUGCGGGAGCCAAGUCCGGAACAGACCACCGUCUCUCGUACCGAGGACACGCUGCGCCCAUCAUGUCUACUGCCUUCCACCCUGCAAGGGGCCCUGUAGACCUGAGCGAUCUCAUGCUCAGCUCGAGUCUAGACUGGAGUGUGAAACUGUGGCGUAUCCGUGCACCAGCCUCAACAUCGACGUCUGGAACUUCGUCGACAGCACAGCUACAGACCGUCGCGCCCAUUCUUGAUAUUACUCGUGAAGAUGUGGUAUACGAUGCCAAAUGGUCGCCUCACCGGCCGGGUGUGUUUGCCCUUGUGGACGGUGCCGGAAGACUCGAAAUAUGGGACCUACAGCAGGAGACGGAAGUUCCCGUUGCCAGCGGGAUGCCGACAGCCGGCCGUGGCGGUAUAUUAACCAAGGGCCUAAACAAGGUUGCAUGGGAGGAGCGUGAAGGACGAAGAGUUGCUACCGGCGGACUAGACGGCGUGGUGACCAUAUUCGACGUCGGCAAGGGCCUGAGCGGCAAUGCUGAAGAUGUUUCUGCAGAGGAAUGGGCUGGUAUGAAGCGACUGACGGGUAAACUGGAGCAGAGCAGCCGUGAACGAAACCUGUGA